ACUGCAGACAGCCAUCUCGAUUUACGGCUCGGGAAGGCCCUUCCUAACAGCAAUAUUACCCCCAGGGUCAGUCCCCCCAAACUGAUUGUCAGUCCUUUUGGGACAAACCUAAACCAUUCAGCAACCAAUGUCAGCCAUUUCGUGGAACAACCGACACUUCUGACGUCAAAAAUGACUCGUCUCAGACCCCUCUCAUAGGAGGCCACUUGAGCCUCUUCCUGGACUGGUGGGCACUAAUCACGACGGACCAUUGGGUCCUUCACACCCUCGAAUUCGGACUUUCUCUGGAGUUCCUCUCCAGCCCCCUAACCACUUCAUACCAUGCCCUGUCUACAAUAAUCCCACCAAACAAAGUCUCAUGGAGCGGGCGAUCCAGCACCUCCUUGAGAUCAAAGCAGUAGAGAAUGUUCCUCCAGAGCAAUGGAGACAGGGGUUCUACUCCAUCCUGUUCGUGGUGCCGAAGCGUUCGGGGGGGCUGGAGGGUGAUCCUAGAUCUAAAAGCCCUCAACACCCACCUGGUCUACAGGAGGUUCAAGAUGAGUUCUCUCAGAUCAAUCUUGGAGAGAAUCCGCCCAGGAGAAUUCCUAGCCUCCAUAGACUUUUUAGAGGCCUAUCUCCACAUCCCUAUUUCAGUUCCUCACAGGAGAUACCUCUGCUUCAGUUAUGUGGGUCGCCAUCUGCAAUACUGUGCCCUUCCAUUCAGACUGGCAUCGGUCCUGCACAGCUUCACCAAAAUUCUAGCUGCCCUCGUAGCCCACUUCCGAUUGGUCCCGAUAAGAUUGCAAGCCUACCUGGACGACAUCUUAGUCCAGGCCCCCUCUCUGAUGAAGGCUCAGCAAGACUUACACCUGACCUUGCAAGCCUUCCAAAAUCACAGGUUCUUAGUCAACCACCCAAAGAGCCAUCUUAUUCCUGUAACCAGGAUCACUCACCUCAGUGCCAUUAUCGACACUGAACUGGGUCAAGUGUUUGUCUCCCAAGAAAGGAGGGACAACAUCAGGCUUCUCAUCCAACAAGUAGUUGGGGACCCAUGGCUAACCCUGGCAACCUUAACAAUGUUGCUGGGCAAGAUGACAUCCUGCAUACACAUAGUUCCUUGGGCCCGCCUCCAUUCAAGAGGGCUCCAAUGGUUCCUCUUACCCUAUCAGUGAGCCAAAGCUUCGACAACUCACACCAAGGUCAGGCUUCCUCUGUCUGUUCGGAGAUCCCUCCACUGAUGGGAGUCCCCCUCCCUAGACAAGGGCUGCGUCUUCACGGACGUUCACCGAGUCACGGUCACCACCGAUGCCAGCCUUUAUGGCUGGGGGGCAUACCUCAACUCCCUUGUAGUUCAGGGCCGCUGGUCUCCGAUAGAGGCCAGCAACAACAUCAACUGGCUGGAGUUGAAGGUGAUUCAUCUGGCCCUACAACAGUUUCAACAGACAGUACGGGGCCAUCACGUCCUGAUACUUACGGACAACACUUCGGCGAAAGUCAUGAGACCCAUGUCAACUGCCAAGGUGGGACACGACCCAAGUGCCUAAUGCAGGAAGCCCUCUGCCUAGGGAGAUGGGCGGAAGUGAAUGUCUUCUCCCUCAGGGCAGACCACAUCGCAGGCUCAGAGAACGCACAGGUGGACUUCUUGAGCAGGAACACGGUGGAUGCUGCAAAGUGGCGGCUUCACCCUGACAUUUUCAAUGACGUCUGCAGCCGCUUUGGACUGCCGCAAGUGGAUCUCUUCACCUCUCUACAGAACAAGCAGCUCCCUUGCUUCUUCUAGAGGUAUCCCAUUCCAGGUGCAGAAGCAACAGAUGCUCUCCAGAGUGAUUGGCCUCCUGGCCUGCUAUAUCUGUUUCCUCCCCUUCCCUUUAUUCAGGGAGUGGUUCGCAAAGUCAUAGCAGAAAGUGCAGAACUCAUUCUGAUCGCACCUCAUUGGCCACGGAGGCCAUGAUUUGCAGACCUGAUAGUUCUCUCUGUCUCACCGCCUUGGAGGAUUCCUCCAGAGAGGAUCGUUCUCAGCCAGGGGUCAUUUGUCAUCCGGAGCCCCAAUGGCUCCAGUUGACCAUCUAGCAUUUGAAGGGGUCCUCUUGAGAAAUAAGAACUACUCUGAGCGGGUCAUUCAGACCAUGCAGGCGGACAGGAAACAGUCUACCAUCCGACUGUCUGGCAUUACUUGGAAGGUAUUUACAUCUUGGUGUAUGGCGCGCGAUACUAACCCUGUCUCAGCUUCAGUCCCACAGGUUUUGGAAUUCCUGCAGGAUGGACUGGACAAAGGGCUAGCCUACAACAACAUCAGGCGGCACGUGGCAGCCCUUUCCACCGUCUUAGCUACUUCAGACAGGGAGUCCCUGGCACUACAUCCUGACAUCUGCAGGUUCCUGCAAGGCACACGUAAGCUUAAAUCUUCUACAAUUCACCGUUACCCUACUUGGGAUUUACCCAAGGUUCUAAAGGCGCUCACCGAGCCUCCCUUUGAACCUUUACAAGACAUGAGCCUCAGAUAUCUCGCCCUUAAGGUGGUUUUCGUGGUGGCCAUUGCAUCAGCCCAGCGCAUUUCUGAAAUUGCAGCUCUAUCAGUCAGACACGACCUCUGCAUAAUUCAUCCAGACAAGGUCAUCCUACGGUUAGAUCUGUCAUUUGUGCCCAAGGUUAACUCCUACUUCCACAGAGCACAGGAGGUUAUCCUACCCAACUUCUGAGGCCUUCCCAUGCCUUGGAACGGAAGUGACAUACGUUGGAUGUCCGGCGAGCCCUUAAGAUAUAUAUCGCUCGCAUCGCAUCCACCAGUUAGUCUGAGGCCCUAUUCGUGUCUUUCCAGUCAACCAUGUUGGGCACUAAGGUGUCUCCUCACAUGAUUGGCCACUGGAUCAGGGCAUGCAUUGCACGUGCCUAUGACCUUCACACACUACCUGUUCCUAAGCGCAUUACUGCGCAUUCAACUCAUAGCACAGCAACCACCGCUGCAUGGGUCACGCAAGCCUCCCUUGAGGACGUAUGUAGGGCAGCUAUCUGGACCACUCCUUGGCUGUUUAUUAAACACUAUAAAUUGGAUGUAUAUGCUUCUGCGGAGGCAUCCUUCGGCAGGAGGGCAUUACAACAGGUACAUUUGGCCUCGGGCGCUCUGGGACCAUCGACUUCCCACCCGUAGGACUGCCAAGCUUUGGUAUGUCCCAUCUCUUGCACACUCUGCAACUCAUUUGGAGAACGGUCUUACCAUGAAUGCCGUUUCUUGGGUAGAACUGCAGAGUGUUCCAGACCCCACCCUAUUUGGACGGUCCGGAGCAACACUUGGUUUCCUACUAAUGUUAUGGCUGAGAUUCUCUUUCAGUCUGACUUCGUUGAAAAACUGGAGUCGAUGGAGGCAUAUGGAGGCGUGACCAUAAAAAGUUACAUCUCAAUCUCCAGGCAGAUCCAUUGUAACAACCCAUCUCAUCUCUGGCACACUCUGCAGCUGUACCCGAGAAACAGUGUUCAUGGGUUUGAAACAAAACUUCAGACAGGAAUCCUUGGGACCUGACACAAUGGAGACGGAAAGUGAGCAGAAUUCAAAUUCAGCCAGUGGCAGCUCAGGCUCUGGUGGAAGCGCUCGCCCUCAGAUAUCACAAAUGACACUCUAUGAGCGGCAGGCAGUUCAGGCCCUUCAAGCACUGCAGCGACAACCCAAUGCAGCCCAAUACUUUCAUCAAUUUAUGCUUCAACAACAGCUCAAUAGUGCUCAACUUCACAGUCUGGCUGCAGUCCAGCAGGCCACAAUUGCAGCCAGCAGACAGGCAGGCUCUCCAAACACAAGCUCCCCUCAGCAGACAGCCACCACACAGGCUUCAAUUAAUCUGGCUACCACAUCAGCUGCACAGUUAAUCAGUCGCUCACAAAGCGUGAGUUCACCUGGUUCCACAACACUGACACAAUCAGUCCUUCUAGGGAACACCACUUCACCACCUCUUAACCAGUCACAAGCACAAAUGUAUCUUCGGCCGCAGCUGGGGAACCUGUUGCAGGUGAACCGGACCUUGGGCCGCAAUGUACCUCUUACUUCCCAGCUCAUCUUGAUGCCAAAUGGGGCUGUGGCUGCUGUUCAGCAGGAAUCGCCUUCCACUCAUGCUCCUGGGGUCCAAACAGACACAGACCAGGUGCAGAAUUUGGCUGUCAGGAGCCAGCAGACUUCAGUAGCUAAUGCAUCACUUCAAGCUUCUACUCCAAAGGCUACUUUGCCAGGGAAUUCCCAGUCUUCAGUAAUACCCCAAGCUGCCCAUGCUGGCCAGACUUUGACAGUAACACAAGCAUCUUCUGGCAAUGUAGGCCAGUCACUCAAUCUCAGCCAAGGUGCAGGAAGUAAUGGCAUUUCUGGAGGCAUGGCCUCGUCAGUAGGGAGUCAUGCUACCACUGGGUUGAACCAGUCAACUUCAUCUGGCCCAGGAUCCAACUAUCAAAGGAAAGGCACUGGUGUAGUUCAGCCUUUACCAGUACCUUCUACUCCUCAGGCAGUGACUGUGAGCCAAGGAAGUCAGACAGAGGCAGACAGUGUGGCAGCAAAGAAGGCUGAAGGUGAUGGUAACGGGCAACAGACUGUGGGCAUGAAUCUGACAAGGACAGCUACACCAGCUCCAAGUCAAACUUUGAUCAGCUCUGCCACGUAUACCCAAAUCCAGCCUCAUUCACUGAUCCAGCAACAGCAGCAAAUUCACCUCCAGAAGCAAGUGGUGAUCCAGCAACAAAUUGCUAUCCAUCACCAGCAGCCAUUCCAGCAUCGUCAGUCCCAACUCCUGCACACUGCUACACACCUCCAGCUGGCCCAGCAGCAGCAGCAAGCUCCACCUAUGACCCAACAGCAGCAAGGGUCAUCACAAGUUCCACAACAGACCCCAUCUCUUCAUGGCCAACAGCAAGCCCAAACUCUUGUUGUCCAGCCCAUGUUGCAGUCACAACUUCAGCCAGUGCAGCUCCAGCAGGACAGUCAUUGCCAGACAGUCACUAAGACCCCUGUCCCUAUUCAGUCCAAGCCUCCUAUAGCCUCUCUGAAACCCCCACAAAUUGGUGCUGCCAAAAUGUCAGCCUCCCAGCAGCCCCCACCUCAUAUACCAGUACAGGUGGUAGGAAAUCGCCAGCAAGGUUCAGCUCAGGCAUUAGGACUUCCUCAGAUUAACACAGCUGUGCAGCCCCCCCGGGGUGUGCCAGCUUUAAUGCAGCCAGUAUCCCAAACCCAUACAGCAUCCUCAUUAGCACAGAUCUCUUCCCCUUCUUCUUCCUCUUCUUCAGUAUCAUCAUCACCACCACCACCUUCUCUACAAGAAGCCCUUCCUCCGCUCACCUCUGGAGCCAAUGUAGCACAGGGCACAGCGCAGAGCAAGCCCCAGGCUUUGGCAAUCAAGCGCAAGGCAGAAUCUGAAGAGGAGAGAGAGGAUUGUAGUGCACCAUCUUUACAGGCUGUCAGAUCUUCUCCUGUGGCUGAGAGCCCCAAAUUCACAGAAGAUAAGGGUGGCCUUGGAGAGAAGACUGACUCUUUCACCAGUGGUACUCUAAAUGCAUCCCCAAGUGAUCCCAACUCUGCAAAUCCAACAAUUGCUUCUGUUCCUACACUGGCUAUGUUGUCACGUCAGACUGGAGAUUCCAAACCUCCACAAGCCAUAGUCAAGCCUCAGAUUCUUACACAUAUCAUAGAGGGCUUUGUCAUUCAAGAAGGGGCAGAGCCUUUCCCGGUGGGCUACUCUCAGUUCCUUAAAGACUUUGAAAAGCCUCUUCAAGGGGCCACUCCUUCUAGGCAAUCUAACAACCAACCCAGCAACUCUCCUGGAGUAGAAAGUUUAACUGUUGAUCAAGACAAGAAAGGAAACUUGCUGAAAUGUGAGUUCUGUGGCAAAUAUGGCCCUGCCAGUCAGUUCCGUGGUUCCAAGAGGUUCUGUUCUGUAACAUGUGCAAAAAGAUAUAAUGUGAGCUGCAGCCACCAAAUACGUCUGCAAAGGAAAAAAAUAAAAGAAUUCCAAGAAGCAAACUAUGCUCGUCGUCGACGUGGACCCCGCCGCAACAGCUCUGAGAUUGCUCGAGCCAAAAUCCAGGGCAAGCAUCACCAGGGCCAAGAAGAUUCAAGCAGAGGAUCUGAUAAUUCUAGUUAUGAUGAAACACUCUCCCCCACAUCACCGGGACCUCUUUCAGUGAGAUCUAGUCAUGGAGAGCGAGACCUUGUCAAUUCCAGCAUGACUCAGCCUAUUUCUGACUUGCAUGGUAUCAAUCCAAUUUUCCUGUCCAGCAAUCCUAGCCGCUGGAGUGUGGAGGAAGUAUACGAGUUCAUUGCAUCCCUACAAGGCUGCCAGGAGAUUGCAGAGGAAUUUCGCUCCCAGGAGAUAGAUGGCCAGGCCUUGCUUCUGCUAAAAGAAGAACAUCUCAUGAGUGCCAUGAAUAUCAAAUUGGGUCCAGCUCUCAAAAUCUGUGCCAAAAUCAACAUUCUUAAAGAGACCUAACACUGGAAUGCAGAUUUUCUUUCUUUCCUAGUUGUAAUGAAUACACUAAAUGCAAGACUUUUUUUCUUUCACAAGCCUAUGUCAUGGUGAUACUUGGGGAGGAAUAACUCCCUUGGAGGCCUUGAAACCUCUCAUCAAAAGCAUAGAAUAUCUUCUGCUGUGCUAUGAAUUGUUCCUGAUGGAAAAAGGCAAAAAAAAGUUUUAUGCUGCAGCUGCUGUGAAUCCUUCCUAUCAAGUUGCUGGAUUCUAAUAUUUUUCUCCCAGUAGAAUCGUUCUUUCCAUGUGGUUUCAAUUUCAGGGGACCAAUUGGUACUGAAUCAUUUUUCCUGCUAAAGGCUUCUGUUUGGAACAGUAAAGAAAUGAGUUUUAAAUGACAUCUUUUCUAAUUGAAGUGUUGAUUGAAGGUAAGUAGUAACUUGAUUUGAUAUGAUAACUUCCUGGAGGGAACGUUAAUUGAACAUUAAAGACUAGAGCUGGCCCAGUCUAAUGGGACUCUCCAGAAGACAUUAUUUCUGAUACCACAUCAGAGGGGUUAAAUAUUAAUUCCGCUUGUGUCUCUUGUGUUUGGAGAAAAAUUACUCAAGAGCCAAAGGAGAAUCCAACGCUAUUGAAGCUCCAAGUGUUUCAUCCUGCUUUUUAAAAAAUUGUCGUCUUUGGUUUUUAUAUCUUACCCUUUCCCUUACGAGAGAGCAUAUGGGACAAACUUUCUGCUAUCAGGUUUGUAUCUUCUGUCCAAAGCCUGUUUAUUUUUGUUUAUUAAGCAAAUUAUUCAGUAAAAGGAAUGCUUCAUAAACAAUAUUGCAAUC